CAAGUGACAGGACGAGAGGAAAUGGCCUCAAGUUGUUCCAGGGGGAAAACCUCUUCACAGAAAAGGUGGUCAAGAACAGAACCAGGCUGCCCACAGAAGUGAUUGAGUCACCAUCCUUGGAGGAAUUUGGGCCACAGAAGAAAAUUGAAUAUGAUGAAGAACGAAGAAACAAGUUUUAAUGUGGAAAAUGCCCAAGCCUCUCCCUUCUCCCGCUGCCUGCAGCCGCUCAGCCCCAUUACAAAGCCACACAGAGCAACUCAAUUUGAUGAAGAAUUCAGAACACACCUCUCACAUUUCCGCUAUGGUCCUUCUCCUCUUGAAAACAUAGAAGCAUUACAAGGGUCCUUGGAAGGAGGGUCUCGUAAACGCAAGAGCAUGCCAACAAAAGUGCCUCCUCCCAUCACCCUUGAGGACUCCUCAUCAUCACCAGAGAGGCCUGAAGAUCACAAUGACAUAGGGUCUUCAAGUCUCCCCUUGGUGUUCCAACAACCAGCUCAGCCCAAGUACAGUUCCCAGAUGAUUGACCUCUGCAACUUUGGUUUUCAAUUCUACAGAACUCUGGAGCAUUUUGGAGCCAAACCCAUUAAGCAAGAACCGGUGAAGCCUAACAUGGCAUGGUCCAGUAGCCCACCAUUCAUGCAGGCUCCUUACCCUUAUUAUCCUAAAGUCCACCCUGGCUUAAUGUUUCCUUUCAUUGUACCACCAAACUUUCAUUUCAGGAACCCUUUUCAAAUGAAAAGACCCCCAGAACCACCCUUCAGGAGGGCUGAAGUAAGAGAAAGUGGUGAAAACAAGCAGAAAGUGGAAAGAGUAGACGUCAACCUUCAGAUAGAUGACAGCUACUAUGUUGAUGUGGGGGGCGAACAGAAACGCUGGCAAUGUCCCAUGUGCGAGAAGUCCUACACAUCCAAGUACAAUUUGGUCACCCAUAUCUUGGGUCACAGCGGCAUUAAGCCGCAUGCUUGCACCCGGUGUGGCAAGCUUUUCAAGCAGCUCAGCCACUUGCACACGCACAUGUUGACGCACCAGGGCACUCGGCCGCACAAGUGCCAGGUGUGCCACAAGGCUUUCACCCAGACCAGCCACCUUAAGAGACACAUGAUGCAGCACAGUGACAUCAAACCUUACAACUGCAGGAUCUGCGGCAGGGGUUUUGCCUACCCCAGUGAGCUGAAAGCACAUGAGUCUAAGCACGAGAGCGGACGAGAGAACAUUUGUGUGGAGUGUGGUCUGGACUUUCCAACUCUGGCCCAGCUGAAGAGACACCUGACCACCCACCGUGGCCCUAUACAGUACAAUUGCACCGAGUGUGAUAAGACCUUCCAGUACCCAAGUCAGCUGCAAAACCACAUGAUGAAGCACAAAGACAUCCGCCCGUACAUCUGCACUGAAUGUGGCAUGGAGUUUGUGCAGCCCCACCACCUGAAGCAACACUCCCUGACUCACAAGGGUGUGAAAGAGCACAAGUGUGGAAUUUGCGGCCGGGAGUUUACCCUGCUGGCCAACAUGAAACGACAUGUCCUGAUCCACACCAAUAUCAGAGCCUAUCAAUGCCAUUUGUGCUUCAAGAGCUUUGUGCAAAAGCAGACUCUCAAGGCCCACAUGAUUGUUCACUCUGAUGUCAAACCCUUUAAAUGCAAGCUGUGUGGAAAGGAGUUUAACAGAAUGCACAAUUUAAUGGGACACAUGCACUUGCACUCAGACAGUAAGCCAUUUAAGUGCCUCUACUGUCCCAGCAAAUUCACCUUGAAGGGGAACCUCACCAGGCACAUGAAAGUCAAACAUGGGGUCAUGGAAAGAGGAUUUCACUCUCAAGGCUUUGGAAGAGGAAGGAUUGCUCUGUCCCAGACAAAUGUCUUGAGAAGCUUGGAACAGGAAGAGCCAUUUGAUCUUUCCCAGAAAGGCCAAGGGAAGGGAAUCUCAUUUCAUUCUGAUGGCGAGAGUGCCAAGGGGAGCUCGUGCCAGGAAGAGGAGGAAGACAACUGCUACGAGGCAGAGCGGUACAGCCCUGCCAUGUACCAUCAUGAUGACAGCAAGCUGUACAUGGCUCAAGAUCUCUCUGGCAAGCCUGAGUGCAUGAUGAAGGACUUCAGAGAGUCCUACUGCAGUGAGAAGGAAGAGGUGUCAAGUGAGGGAGGACUGGGGAAGAGAAUAGGAAAUUCAGACAAAGAGGAGAGACGUGGAGAGGGAGAGCUUGCAAACAACAAAGAACAUCUCAGCUUUAGGUCCUUUGAAAAGGCCAGACUUGGUCACUCUCUCUCUGAUUACUUGUAUUUCAAGCACAGGAACAAGAGUUUGAAGGAAUUGCUGGAAAGAAAAAUGGAAAAACAAACAAUGCUUAUAGGCAUUUAAAAUGGACAUUUCAAAACAGCUGGAAAAUGGUAACCAGACAGAUUUUUAACACGAAUUGUAAGCUACUAAAGCCUGGAAGUCUGUAGUAGUAUUUAGAAAUAAAUAAGCCAAAUUAUUAAAAAUAAUUUAGGGUAAAACACAUACAUUACAAGAAUAAAGCAGCUUGAGGUCACCAAGAAAUGAAAUAGAUAUUGAAAAAUAACAGUUUUAUAUUUAUCCAUUUAAUGUAUAACAGACAAUGGGUUGGGUACAGAAGUUUACUUCCUAUUAUAUGGGGAUAGAUACUUACAUGCAAUUUUCUACUUAGCAGAAAGCAACAUACUUUAGCAUCUGAUUUAUUAUCUGACUAAAUAUAUAUGAACACUUCUAACCAUAUCUCAAAAUAUCUGAGAAUACAAAAUAUUUCACAUUAUAAACCAGAGUACUAUUAAACAUGGCAUGCAUGAAAAUGCUGUCAACAUUCAGAACUAACACCGUCCAAAUACUUUUAAUUACUGAAGUGACUCUUAGUUCAACUACUUACAAUGAGAAAUGGGAAACAAAUCAUUAAGAAAUACUAAUGUCUUGGGAGGCAGUAAAGGACAGUUCUGUAAGGCUUUGAAAGGAGUGGAAUUCAUAACAAAAGCUAAUCCUCUGGCACAAGGAAUGUUCAUGUUUUGCAGUGUUUCAGCCAGUAUGGGAGUAUUCAGAAACUCUUGAAGUGAAAUAGCAUAGAUUGUGUUGACAUUUUUUUUUCUACUGCCUGCUCAGACCAAUACAUUUACUAGGGUGCAUCAGCAUGCAGCAUUCACAAUCUUACCAUAGUUACAUGUAACUCAGUAUGAGUCACUUAAAUGAAAAAAUUAUGCAGCUUUGCCAUUUAUCUCUUCAGUUUACCAUGACUAGUAAGGACAAUUUUGAAAUACACAGAUCCGAUUUUGUUUCAGAAUGUAAGAAUCAUCCUUAUGGAAUGAGCAGUACCUCACAGAGGAAGACCUUCCUCUUACCGGGGUCAGAAAUCUUCUCUUAUUAGACCUGAUCAGUGAGCUGCAGCCCUUUCAGCCAAAUUUCACUCAUGCUGUUUUUAUGGAGUCAAACUCAGCUUUUCAUUCUCUGAUUCCCAUACAGUUUUAAGUCUAUAACAAACCUGAAAAAAGCAUAUUCCAUUAAACAUUUAAUUGCAUGAAUACUUUGAACAGCAUAUUAGUUCCUGCAUCUUCAAGAAAGGCAAAAAGCCCUGAACCAUCCUCUUGCUCACAUGGAAAUAAAAAAAUUAAAUUAAUCAUAAAACUUGUCCUAUGUCCUUCAGACAACCCAGCUCAACAGGUUAAAAUCCAUGUGUGUGGUACAUCUCUUUCAAAUAUCACCACCUUCUUCACUUACUUGCCAAGUUUUUGAUUUGAAAUGUGUUGCAAUCGUGCUCUCUAUACAGCAAGUUGUAAUUAAAUAUAGUUAUCUACCUAUGGCUUGCUAAAACAAGUCAUACAGCUGCAGCUCUCUGCCCCUGUAAGAAAACACACACCUUGCAAGUUAAUGAUCCUCACACCUACCAGUUAAUCAGCAGGCGCAGGGCAAAUUCCUCAUUCCUCAUAUAAAACUGGAUUUGUGUAGUCCAAGGCUGUUGGCAGUGUUUUCCUUUUUCAAGGCUCAAAUGUUGCGUAACACAUGCAGAAAUUAAUGCAGAAAAAGUUGAUAAAAGAAAGAGUCACAUUCAGGUGACUUAAUCUUCUAAAUUAACUCUAUGUCUGAUGUGCAUCUAUUUUUAAAUAAAAAAAAAAUUCUGCCACAUUGAAGUGGAAGAUAGGUCACUGUAAGCCUAGAAUGUAAAAAGUCUUUGAAAGUGAGGUGUAUUUUAGAGGUACCUAGUCAUGUUUCUUCAGGGAUGAACUGUUCUGUCAUAAACAUUCCUCUUCCUUGCUUUAGCUGUAAGACAAUGCCUAUUGAAAAAGGAGCCGUUUUUCUUUCAAGGAAGACUGUGGUUAAGCAAAAAAAUUAGAAAAAUUUUUGAAUAACAAGUGAAACUGUACCCUUUCUUAGACUAUAGGGGAAAUGAUCAGGUAGAAAUUCAGCAUGGUCUAGUAGAUGGCCCCUCAGAAAAGGAAACAACUUCAGUUUACUUCUUGGCAUUAGCUUGUCUCUGCCAGACAGAUCUCCCAUGUGAGCAGGGAUGCAACCAAGAGCUGGGAGUCACUAACCCUUAGAAUUACCUCCCUCUUGGUCGUGUGGUUUCCAACCAUGCAUGGUUCAAGAUCAGUUUGCUCCACCUUUCCAGAUAUAUUAGCUCCCACCAUAAGAAGAACAAGCAAGGAAUCAGGAAUCUCUUGGCAGUUUCUAGAAAGGUGAUCAUGCAGGUGGUGGGAGUUUAGCAAGUCCUUCACUCCUGUGGUGUCUAAAACGGGAAAGUACACAGCCUUUCCAUUGCAAAGUCUCGUCUGUUAAUUGGAGAGUGUUAUGGGACAGCCAGACAACUCUCAUUAAGAAAGAAACAAAGUAUUACGUAUCAAUUGCAGUCCAGACAAAUGGAGCAAAGGAGAUAUUUUCAGCGGAGUUCAGCUCCCAGCCACUAAUAUCAAAGGAUGUAUUCCACCUGGGCUUCAGCAAAGCUUUUGAUACUAUCUCCCAUGGCAUCCUCCUGGAAAAGCUGGCAGCUCAUGGCUCGAGCAGAUGAACUCUUCAUUUGGGUAAAAACCUGUCCAUAAGGCUGGGCCCAGAGAGUGGUGGUGAGUGGAGAAAAGGGCAGUCAGCAGGCAGCCACCAGCGGUGCUCCUCAGGGGUCAGUACGGGAUCCAGCCCUGUGUGACAUCCUGAUUAAUCACCUGGAUGAGGGGAUUGAGCGCAGCCUCGGUCUGCUCACAGGUGACACCAGUCUGGGUGGGAGUGUUGAUCUGCUGGAGUUCAGGAAGGCUCUGCAGAGGGAUCUGCACAGGCUGGAUCAUGGGCUGAGGCCGAUGCUGUGAGGUUCAACAAGGCCCAGGGCUGGGUCCUGCCCUUGGGUCACAACAACCCCAGGCAGCUCCACAGGCUGGGGCAGAGUGGCUGGAAAGCUGCCCACAGGAAAAGGAGCUGGGGGUGCUGGUGACAGGGACUGAACAGGAGCCAGCAGUGCCCAGGUGGCCAAGAAGGCCAAUGGCAUCCUGGGCUGUGCCAGCAAUGGCAGCAGGGCAGGGAUUGUCCCCAUGUGCUGGGCACUGUUGGGGCCACACCUCAAAUCCUGUGUCCAAUUUUUGGCCUUUCACUCCAAAAAAAACAUGGAAGUGCUGGAGCAUGUCCAGAGAAGGGCAACAAGCCAGACAACAUCCCUGGAGGUGUUAAAGAAAUGACUGGAUGUGGCACUUAGUCUAAUUGACCAGGCGGUGAUUGGUCAAAGGUUGGACUUAAUGAUUUUAGAGGUAUUUUCUUACCUGAAUGUUUCUGUGAUUAUGUGAUUCUGCAGUUGCAAAAACUUUGUCUACUGGAAGCACUCGGUCCAGAGUUUCCUUUCCAGCCUUGUAGGAGAGUGUGCCAGGUGUGUCCUUAGGAAAGGAAAUCACUGCAGACAGUUCUGGGUUGUCUAAAUGGUUAAUCCAAGCUCCUUCAACCACACUCACUGCAAUCAAUUUACCCACUUCUACAGCUGCAGUUCUCACUGGACCAGAAACACCUGACAGAUACACACAUACAGACAGAUGGAAACCAGUCCCAGACUAGCAAGUCUCUUUGCAAGUCAUUCACAACAUGAACCCCUUUUCAUCGCAUUCUUUCUAGUAAGCAGAAUAUUUUUUCACAAUGAGACAUUGAGAUUCUGCCCAGUCACAAAGUCAUACUAAGCUAAUUCUCAAACACAUAAGUUUAAUUCUUGUUAGAAUAGUAAAAAACUCAUCUAAAACUGUAAAGUAUCAGUAAGAGAAAUUACAAACAAAAUUGUUUCUGAGGCAAGAAGACAGUGCCAAGUGACCCAAGCAAAGUGGUUAGGGGAUGACAGUCCUCCCUCCUGUAGAACAUUGUGCAAAUGGGUCUAAAACACUUGUUAUGGUGUCUUAGGGGCCUCAAGGGACAAAUUAAAAGUGAAAUAACAGCCUUUAUUGUGAAGCACCUUGCUUUUCAAACAUAAGUUAUUUUCACACUAUUUACAUUGGCACCGCUUUGGGAACAGACAGUAACAGCCUUUGCUUUUUAAUAGCUUUGAAAAUGCUUUAGAGAAAUUUGCUCUCAUAAUGAAGCUAUUUCCCAUUUGUAAUUUUCAAGGGAUUAGCUUCCUUAUUUUGCCUUGUGUAGAGGCUCAGAAGUCCAAUAGAGACAUUGCCUGUGUCCUGGACAUUGGGGGAUAUAUUUUCUUCUUUUUCUCAUUCCUAAUGUGAGUUUAUCUAUUGUCUUCUAGCUAUGUCCUGGAAAAAAAAAAAUAUUUAUCUUACUAUUAUUCACUGUUAUUUGGGUUUUCACUUUAUGGGGCACAUGAAACUAAAGCCCAGUCUCUACCACCUCUAUAUAAAAACACAUCUGUACCAUUUCCCUGCAUUGUUUAUGCAGCCUUGUUUCAUCCUUUCAGAGAGCAUUACAACAAAUAAGAAUGGCUACAAACUUGCACAGCUGAGAUGAUUCCAGGAGUCAGGUUGAGGAAAGAUAAAUUUGCCCUAUCAUAAUGAGUUUGGGCAAGUGAAGGCAUGUGGUUUGUUAAAUUAGAGGCUUUUCUGAUGUUAAUGGCAGCAGGGAGAGUUCUGCAAGACAUGCUGGAGUACGGAGUAAGUGGAGGAAAAGCCAAAAUCUGGGCAAGUAAGGUUUAAGGGUGAAGAGAGGCGACGCAUUUACAGGGAAAGCAAAGUUGUACGUGACCCUGGAACAAGGUGUUUUCAGUCUGGCCACGAGGACUGAGCCAUCUCCUUGUGAAACUGAGUUUUCCUGGCUGCCAGACAGCCUUCAGCUUGCGACAGCAAAGACAGGUGCUCAGAAGCUCAAAGUAUAAAAUACUUUAUGAUAAUAUCAUGAAUAAAGUUUAUCUUGUGCUGUUUCCUGUAAAACAAGUUACUGGAAAGACCACAUAAUGCACCCACCUUUUUACAACUCUGUGUUUUUCUACUACCUAUCUUUUGAUUUCUCUCUUCAUAUGGUGCUGCUGGACUCUGCUGUUUUGAGUGUACAGUUAAGAAGUAAUAUAAGUACCGUAUUUAUUAUUCCUAGAAGUUUUAAUGAUUAUUAACAGUUUUGAAAAUGUCAUGUCUGCUUAGCUGAACAAGAUGUAACAGAGCUAACAUUUUGUACUCCUAACAGAUUUUGCAAAUAAUAUGGUGCAUAUUUAUUUCACUUAGAACAUUGUGUUCCUAUUUAAAGCCACAGCUCAUGAAGUGAACCAACUAUAUGUGAAUCUUCAGUUUCUGGCUUUCUAUCUCAAUAGCAAAACUAUGUAUGAUGUAUUGUAUUAAUUUAAGCAAAUAAAUAUGUACUGGAG